AUAAAGCAUUUUGCCACCAUAUAUGAUUAUAUAACCAAUCAAUUAAUAGAGAAAUGAAUAUAACGAAUUUAAUUCCACGUGUCAUAAGAUUUUGUUGAUAUCAAAGUCCAACCGCUAAUUAAGAGUGAACUGAUCGAUUAACCUUCAUAACUAAAUUCAUUCAUAUCAAGAUCCUUAGUGUUCUCUCGAAGAAAGCUCGACACGAGUUGUCGUCCUCGUCGAUUAUGGCGAUGUGGGAUUCCUCAUGCCAUCAACUUUUAUUUUAUUUUUUUUCACUUUAAUCGCCAUCUCUUUUCCUGAUCUUUCGAUAUUCUCUGCGUAUGGAGUUUAUGUAAUGAGAUGUGUGGGAGAACGAUAUGGGUUGCUUAGUUUCCAAGCCAGAUCGCUCCGAUGAGAAGCCGCCGCGAAAAAGGUCGCCGGAAAAAGGCCCGUCGUGGAUGCACUCGUCGGGAACAAUGGGUGGUCGGAUUCAGGCCAGGAAGAUUCCAGAAAUGUCCGAAACUGGUGAUCAGAAUUAUCAAGUGCUGUUGGGUCCUACUCCAAAGGAGCCGAGAAGAGAGGAGAGCGUUGUUCUUCUUGAUGCUCAUCGGGGUUCGCCGGAGGCGGCGGCUGCGGCGGUGGGAUGGCCGGAAUGGCUGGUCUCCGUCGCCGGAGAGGCUCUCGCCGGAUGGGUUCCUCGCCGUGAGAGUCACUUCGUGAAGCUGCACCAAAUUGGCCGGGGAACGUUCAGUAGCGUCUUCAAGGCUCGGGAUCUUCUCGAUGAGAAGAUCGUGGCGUUGAAAAAGGUUCGGUUCGAUACAAACGAUUCAGAAAGCAUCAAGAUUAUUGCCAGAGAGAUCAUAAUCUUGCGGAAACUCGAUCAUCCAAAUAUAAUCAAACUGGAAGGAGUGAUGGUUUCCCAAGAUUCGUCCAGCAUCUACCUCGUUUUCGAGUACAUGGAUCAUGACCUGGCAGGAUUUUCUUCAUUACACGGCGCCGAGUUUUCAGAGCCGCAGGUUAAAUGUUACAUGAAACAGCUUCUAACCGGCCUUGAUCACUGUCAUAGUCACCACAUUCUCCAUCGCGAUAUCAAGAGCUCGAAUAUUCUGAUAGACGGUAAUGGAAUCUUGAAGAUUGCAGAUUUCGGGUUAGCUACGUUUUUCGAUCCCAAGAACAGUGUUCCAUUGACUACCCACGUCGUUACUCUUUGGUACCGAGCCCCCGAGCUUUUGCUCGGAGCCUUUCAUUAUGAUGUAGGGGUCGAUCUCUGGAGCACAGGCUGCGUAUUAGGCGAGCUAUACGCUGGAAAACCUAUUCUCCCUGGAAAAUCUGAGGCAGAGCAACUGCAUAAGAUAUUCGAGUUAUGCGGGUCGCCAUCAGAGGAUUACUGGAGGAAACUGAAGCUGCCGUUUUCAACAGCUUUCAGACCAACGUUUCCAUACGGACCGAGAAUCGCAGAGACGUUCAAGAACUUUCCAGCUCCGGUUAUUUCGCUUCUCGAGACCUUGCUCUCGAUAGAUCCUGAUUCUCGGGGCACUGCAGCUAGUGCUCUAGAGAGCGAGGGGCAGUACUUCAGAACAGAACCAUUCCCUUGUGAUCCAUCUUGUCUACCGAAAUACCCUCCCAGCAAGGAGAUCGAUGCUGAAAUGCGCGGAAAAGGAGCAAGAAAACAAGAUUCUCAAACUAGAAGAGUAGCCAAACCUCCAUCUGUAGCUGAUGCAUCAUCUUUCGCGACGCCAACGCAGGAACAGGUUCAGGACUCGGAUAAGAGAUACGAUGAUUCUAACUCGUUCAAGGAAGACAGGACUUGUACUACUCCAGAUUCUUCUGCAACAGAAAUGCAACCCGUUAAGAACAAGAACAUCAACGAUGAAACCGAGGUGAAUAUCUUCCACUCCAAUGGAAAUCUGAGAAGAACACCCAUAACUGUGAAGGAAUUAGCAUUAACAAGGACAGUACACCCUCUUCUCCGAGGUGAGAAUGCAUCAUCAGCCAGAGACUGAACAGGGGAACAAACGCAUGGGAAAGCUUCCAGUUCGUCAAAUGGGUUUGCCUGAUUCGUUUCUGAAAUCUCGUGAUUCGACCCUGUUCUCGGUUGAAUCCGACAUCUGCAGUUUCGGAGUGAUGUUCUUGGAGAUCAUAUGUGGUCGGGAGAACAGAGGAGAUGCUUCAACAAAUGGCUCACAACACUUGCCUGCAUCUGUUUCUGCUAGGUGAUCCAGUGUUUGUGUUCAUCUUCUGGACAGUGGAUAGUUUCUUUGGUCAUAGAUACAUCUUGUUCAUGUUUGAUGUUUUUUGUCCACUCAUUUUUAAGAACCAAAAAGGAAAUAAAAAACAGAGAGACCCUUAACUCAAAUGUCUAACAGUCGAACCGGUUGGGUAAUGGUCUUAACCGGAAUCGAGUCUAGGGUCUUGUGUACGACCGUCCGGUGCGUGCUUAUCCGAAGCCGAUUGGGACCGAAUAAGACGGCCCCUUUGAGCCUCUCGUCAGCUUUUUUCGAAGACACAUUCCUGCAAUGUGGAAAUACGAUGCCACGUGGCACUAUCCCCUCUUGUCACAGAAGUCUGGAAUGUGAAGCAACGACCCUUUAACCCGCUUCGGUGAUUGUUUAACCCUACACGCUUCAAGAACCCUCAAAUUCCGGGAAGAAAUUGGGGACAAAAGAAAAGAGAGCAAAAUCAAAGCGAAAGCAAAAGCAAAUCGAUUUGGGUUUAAA